AUGCAAGUCCACAGCGUCAUGAGGUCUGCGAGACCAGUUGGAUCUCUGAGAUCAGGAUUGCGCCCUACCACAGCCCCGGUCGCUCUUACACAAAGAAGGACGAAGGCGACUGCGCCAUUCAGACUUCCCGACCCCAGAAACGAGCCCAACCCCACAUACACAAAGAACUCUCCCGAGCGCGCAAAGCUCGAGGAGGCCCUCAAGAAGCUGCGCACCCAGCUGCCCGCCAAGAGCGACCUUUUCUUCGGCGGCCAGACCCAAGUCGCGGCCAAGUCUUUCGACACCGUUCUUCCCUCCGAGCACAAGACCAAGUUCUCCAACUUCCCCCUCGCAUCCAAGGAGCAGGUUUCGUCAGCAAUUGAGUCGGCGCUGGAGGCAAAGGAGAGCUGGCAGAACACCCCCUUCGUCGACCGGGCUGCCAUCUUCCAAAAGGCGGCAGAGCUCGCCGUGACCAAAUACCGCUAUGAGCUCAUCGCGGCGACCAUGCUCGGCCAAGGCAAGAACAUGUGGCAGGGAGAGAUUGACGCGGCUGCCGAGUUGGCCGACUUCUUCAGACUCAACUGCAACUUCGCGGCAGAGAUUCUCGAGAAGCAGCCCACCCGUGGUUCUGACGGCAUGUGGAGUCGCCUGGAAUGGCGUCCUCUGGAGGGUUUUGUCUACGCCAUCUCCCCCUUCAACUUCACUGCCAUUGGCGGUAACCUCAUUUCCGGCCCCGCGCUGAUGGGCAACGUUGUCGUCUGGAAGCCUUCACCCAGCAACAUCUACGCCAGCCAGAUCCUCUACAACAUCCUCCUUGAGGCUGGUCUGCCCCCCAACGUCAUUCAGUUCGUCCCCGGUGACGCCGAGGAAGUCACUGACGUUGUCCUUAACCACCGCGAAUUCGCCGGCCUCAACUUCGUCGGCUCCUCCGACGUCUUCCGCUCCCUGUACGCCAGAAUCGGCGAGGGCAUCGGCAAGAAGACCUACCGCGAGUUCCCCCGUGUCGUCGGCGAGACUAGCGGCAAGAACUUCCACCUCAUCCACCCGACCGCUGACAUCGAGCACGCCGUCAACCACACUAUCCGCGGCGCCUUCGAGUACCAGGGCCAGAAGUGUUCCGCCACCUCCCGCGUCUACCUCCCUGAGUCUAAGGCCGAGGAGUUCAUCUCCAGCUUGAAGUCCAAGGUCGAGGAGAUUACUAUUGGAAGCCCCGACGGCAAGCUAGAUGCCUUCAUGGGCCCCGUCAUCCACGAACGCUCCUUCAACAAGAUCAAGAACAUUAUCGACGAGAGCAAUAAGGAUUCUUCCCUUAAGCUGGUGGUCGGCGGCACCUACGACGGCUCCGACGGAUACUACGUCAACCCCACCGUCUACGUGGCCGACUCUCCGGACCACCGCCUCUUCAACGAGGAGAUCUUCGGCCCCGUCCUGGCCAUCUCCACCUACCCCGAUGCCGAGUGGUCCUCCACUCUGAAGAAGGUCGACCAGAGCGGAGGCGGCUUCGCCCUGACCGGCGCCGUUUUCGCCAACGACAGACGCGCCAUCCGCGAGGCCGAGGAUGCCCUGCGCUACUCUGCAGGCAACUUCUACAUCAACUGCAAGACCACCGCUGCCCUGAUCGGCCAGCAGUCCUUCGGCGGUGCCCGCGCCAGUGGCACCAACGACAAGGCAGGAAGCGCAGACGUCAUGCGUCGCUUCGUCAGCCCCAGAUUGAUCAAGGAAGAGUUCUUCCCUCAGACUGAGUUCCUGUACCCUAGCAACAAAUAA